CAGCAGCACGCUUGCGCAGUAUGUCCACUGGCUCGGAGUCGGUGCUGAAGUUGGGCGGAUGGAAGAAAAACACCGCCGAUGGAGAUUAUAAGGCAGGAUGCAUCUUUACUGUGCGAUUUAACAAUCAUCAACAUAAAACACGUAUAAAUGAACCACUACAGAAUACUGACAACCAGAAUUAAAAGGAUGGUAUAUUUUUGCUCCCCUUGCACGCAACACUGCAAAUGGUCCACCCACUGAGUCCCUGAGCUCUGCUGAGACCCAGGGUGGAGACUGCUGUCCUCCUCAUCCCUCCUCACCACCUGGCCCUCCAUCAGUGAUGGUGAGAACAACAAUACUACUCUGUAGACACACCCUAGUGCUUUACUUCUGAACCCACCCAAGUUCAACCAACCAUUUACCUCAGCGCCAUGACUCUCCUGCCGUGUCUGUCUGUGGAAACAACGGACUAAUUCUCAUGCCCCGAAGUUUAAGCGGAGUUGACAUGAGAAAACGGCAGCAGCCACACAUUGAAGGACGUCCCCAGGCGCCUGGCCACCCACGACCCAACAACUGCUGCAUGUGCUGGUGUGGUUGUUGUAAAUGCCUCUGGAAUGAGGACCUCAUGGAGGGUUCCGAACGGACAUGCACUAAAAUGGAUAGUAUUGAAGCCACGGAAGAGCAGCAACCCACUCUAGACGAGGUGGUGGCCUGGGCCCGUAGCUUCGAGCUGGUGAUGCGCUCCUCAGAAGGCAGGGAGAUUUUCCGAGAAUUUCUGCGCUCUGAGUACAGCGAAGAGAACCUGUUGUUCUGGCUGGCCUGUGAGGAGCUGAAGAAGGAGACGGACCCGACAGCGAUCGAUGAGAAAGCCAGGAUCAUCUAUGAGGACUACGUCUCCAUUCUAUCACCGAAAGAGGUGAGCCUAGAUUCACGGGUGAGGGAAGGCAUCAACCUGAGCCUGGCGGAGCCUAACAACGUGAUGUACGAGGAAGCCCAGCUGCAGAUCUACACCCUGAUGCACAGAGACUCCUACCCCCGUUUCCUCAACUCUUCUGUUUACAGAGACCUUCUGGACAGCAAGAGAAGCUCCUGCCUAGACACCUAAAGUAACCCACCCCCCAACAAACAAAACAGAAAGACAAUCAGGUGCCAGAACUGGGUUAGAUAUUUUCCUUUUUUGAAAACCAGAAAAUAAUGAAUAGUUUAAGCAAUUUCAAUUGUCUGCUCGCAGGUGGCCCUGAGGGUUAGUUCCUGGUUUAACUGCAGAUAAGAGCUCCUCAGACUACUGUUACAAAGACAAACAAAAGGAAGGGUAGACCCAUUGUUCCUGUACUGUACUUUUGAGAGUUCUCCUUUUGCUCGGUCUCUUUCAUUCUCUCUCUUGGUCUCUGUUUUUCUCUCUCAAAUUCUGUCCCAUGCCUCAGACUUUUUACAGUACAAAAACAAUGCCCUUUUUAAGAUAGCUGUAGAGUUGACUGGUGAGCAGGAAAAUCACUGACUUUGCAUGUGACACGGUAAUGGAAUUAGCUCUACACUGGCUUGGGAUGUUAGCAGUGGACAGCAAAGGUUCUUGAAUAUGAGAUGUAUUUUCUUCUGUUCUAGGGAUUUCCCUGUCAAGCUCUUGAUGUUUUAUGUGAAGGGAAUAUCAAUAUUUGCCAAUUAGCUUGCAGUUGUUGAUUUUGAGAAGGUUGAAAGUUUUAUAGCAGUGUUAAUUUCCAAGCACUUGCCUUCUUUACAACUCUAAAAGAGAAGGAGGCUUGGAAUUGUGGUCGGGCAGCUAAAUAUCUAAUGAACAUGACUUUCCACGGGAAAUCACAAUGCCUUGACGAGAAAAAGGCGGCACAAGCGCUGCUUGUUAUGGUAACAACCACAGUUUAGUAAACACAGUACAGUUCUACCUGUCUUUCCCUCACCA